AUGGUGGAUACUGGCAGUCAUGCUUGGGGUCCUCCCAAUGCACACCAGCGUGCUCAAGCCAUCAACAGCAUUGAUGAAAGCACCAAGCUCUUUCAGAAAUACCUAGAGAACACUGCACCGAAGUCUCAAAAGACCAGCAAGAGCACGCACCCGCAUGUCCAAGGCGGUCUACCACCCCAUCUCUUGAAGCAGCAGGAGAGCACGGGUGAGCAUACGCCCGAUCGUACCCCCAGAACUACUGGACCUAACACCCCACCUUCCGCACUGGCUUCUGAUAGCCAGCCACACGAGAGAAGUUGGUCCUCGCAAAAUGUCGCGGCUUCGCAGAUGGCUUCGCAAGUGGCCUCGCAAGUUACUCCUGCGCCCUCUGUCCAGCUACCGACCUGGGAAGAGGAUCUGCGUGACCGGCGGAUGGUGGUAUUUGACCGAAAUGUGCCUUCCUCCAGCGCUGGCCAUUACGAGCCACCCUCAACCGUGGCUAAUGUUUCUUCUUCCAGCGCUGGUCAUCGCGAGCCUCUCUCGAGCGUGGCGUCGGAGGAGGCCAUUUCCCCUCCUCCAGCUCACCAAGAUUCAGCACAUCAUGCACCUUUCCGCAGAUCUCUCAAAUACAUGCAUCCUGCCCUGCAGAAGGUUGUGUCGCAGAAGAUGAAUCUUGAUGCAAAGAGAAGGUCUAGGGUUGAGUCUCCCCGUGACGCUUGGCUCGCAAUCAACCACACUGCCCAAGACGGCCGCAGAGCUCAAGCAGAGAAGACAACCCAACAGACAUACCAGACAGAUCAUCGCGAUCCCAAGAUCAACAAGAAGAUGUGGCAACCCAGCAACCCGUCAAAUCACGACUCUCACUCACUCCCGUCUUCAAGCAUGUCUGUCAAGUUCGAUAGCAGUGAUAAUACUGAUUCCCUCAAACCUGUCUUGAAAGACGUCCGCGGAAGCAUCGCUGAUGAAAUGGACAUCGUGAUCAAGGGUGAUGGCACAGGAUGGGUUAACAAGCACGCCUGGAAGGAUUACCACAGCAUCCCCGAAAGCGAUGAUGACGGGUCUGAGGAUUCCUUCAAGAAAGGCUGGCUGCCUCAGUAUUGCAGUGACUGGGUUGAAAGCCUUCGUUUCACUCCUCCACCUCUGGCUUACUUCCUGGAUCCAGAGGUUGAGACACACUGGGAGUGUGAUAUCGACCCACAGACCGGCGCUCUGGUGUCGCCUGUUGACUACCCGCAGACUACAGUCAAUUCGCAGGACUCUAGCACUCCAGAAGAGCUAGCUCGCCGCAUGUCGGGCACGGCUGAAGUCAAAGUGAUCAUGGAAGCCGAAAAGUUGCGAAAGCGUAUGGCGCAUCGGGAAGAGAUGGAAGCAAAGCGGAGUGAGCGUUACCUGGAUGGCAAAUAUAAGCGUGUCACUAUCCCACCCACGCAGCAGGAUCCUCCCAGCCAUCUCGGACGCUCGUCUCUUGGAACCGAACAGCCACCUGACCAGACAACCACUGCAUUUGGUGAGCCCCAGCGUCAGGACCAACGAGAGCCUCGCAUUCUCUGCUUCCUCCGACCUGUCGAGCGGGAUGAUCUACCUCAGAUCCUCGACAUAUACAAUUGGGAAGUGGAGCACGGCCAUCAGGCGUUGGAUGCCCAACCUUUGACUCUUCGAGACAUCCAACGCAUGUUCUCGGAUUGUGAAGCAACUGGAACACCAUUUAUUGUCGCAGUGAAAGGGGCAGCGCCAAAAGACUCCACCUCCCGCAGAAAAGAGUCCAAGCCUGUUCGUACCCGCGGCCCCUACAAACAAUCGGGGCAGACAAGCCCUCAUGUAGAUGGCACAGCAGCGCCAUUGAAUCAGCCAUCUUCCGUCAAGAUUCUGGGUUUUGGUUUGAUCACACUGCUGACGCCAGGACUGGCGGGCAACUUUCACACCAGCGUUGGUCGUUUCAACGGAAAAGUCCACUUCUUUGUCGAACACUCAAGCCGCCGCCUUGGGAUCGGCCGCUGCAUCCUGCACAGGCUCUUACGAUGCUGCUCGAAAUUUAUGCACAACGUAGACUGGUACAAGUGGUACAACCUCAAUGGCUCCAAAGCCUGUGCCGACGCUGGCUACAACAUGCGGGACUAUGCGCGCGUCUUUGUGGAGAUGGCCUCUUUCAAAGGCGAUCCAGACUUUAGUUGGUGCAAGGGGCUGCUUCAGGAAAUGAACUUUCUCUAUGUCAACACAACGGACCUUACUCGCAAGGUCAAAUACGGCAUGAAGGGAGGAUGGUUUGACAACACUGUCUGGCAGCAUGAUUGUAGUGGACCUGGCGACAUCCGCGAGUUCAAUUGA